AUGAGAGUUAUAGAUGCGUUUAUGCGUGCAUCUGAUGUGUAUAAAGCAAAGCAUGACAGACCUCAGGAUAAUGCGAAAGACAAUGCCAAUGAUCAUAAGUAUAUUUCUGUGUUUGUCAGCAGUGAAGGUUCAGUCCCGAGAAGAAUGGAAUAUGAUCCAAUAGAAAUCAGAGAUCUUAGUAAGGAAGAAUCAAUAAAUUAUCUAAUUGACAAGCGCAAGGUAAAAAAGGAGGAAGCAGAAAAAUUAUAUGAACUGGUUGGUGGCCAUAUUAUUUAUUUAGGACGGGUGGCGGACAAGUCUUUAGCUGGCCAAGACUUCGAAGGUAUUCAUUAUUUUGCAAAAUGGGUUUAUGCAACUUCGCUUAAUGUUAAUUGUUCAACUCUUUUUCUCUUUUUCUCUUUUUCUGCAGUUAUCAAACAGUCAGUUUUUCGUAAAGUGAGAAAGAAAUUCAAUGAAGCACAACACCUAUUGCACCGUGGAGUAGGAAAGAAAGCAAUCAAAGCUUUAUUGGACUCUGGAGAGUUGGAAUUUGAAACGUUUAUGGAUUUAUUUGAUAAUUAUGAAGAAGCUAGCGAAAUAUUGGGAAAAAUAUAUUUGCGCACCAUCCAGAAAAAACCACCGUGGGCUUCCAGUCUCAUUAAGUAG